AUGGUGGAUCUCCUGCAUGGGGUGUACACCGCUACGCGGCUCCUCGUGGGAUGCUCGCCGUUUGCCCUUGCUACUGUUGUUGCUUCGUUUGCCCUCCUCUACUUUGGUCCGCUCUUUGUGGUUGUCUCGCGCAGCCGUGGCUGGUCCAACUGGGUCUACCAGGGCGCCGGCGCUGGGCUCUACCUUCUCCCGUUCUGGCUCCUGUGGUCCAUUCUGCACUACGCUGACGCCACCAACUCGCUUGUGGCUGACGCUACCGACGCCUUUGUCACUCUCCGCUUCUCCUGGGUCGACGCCUACAUCCCGGUCGCCAUUGUGGCCGCCGUCGUCGUCCUCGUCUACGCCGUCCGCUUCGACGUCCACAAGGACAACCCAGGCGAGAUUGCGCUGCUGGCCGGCCUGACUCUGGCGGCGCCGGCAGCUGGCCUUGGCCGUGCGCUCACCCUCUUCCGCAAGCUGGCGGCCGAGGGCAAGCAGCCCGGCAUGUGGGCGCGCUGGUGGGCAUCGCAGAUCGCGGUCUCGUUUGCCACCGUCUGCUACCUCAUCUGGGCCAUCCGCAUGUACUACUGGACGGUCUCGCCGGCGACGUGCAUCACCUACCCGCUGCACUUCCGCCUCCUCCUCAACCCGCUCCAGCUGCACGUCCUCUACAACGUCAUCCUGGUCAAGAUUCUGGCCCUCACCGUCCUCCUCGACGUCGAGCUCCCGCUCUCCACCCACUCCACUGCGCUCUACGCCAUCCACGUCGUCUUUGCCUACCAGCACUCGGCGAUUGGCCUCGCCAUGGUCUUUAUCACUGCUGACAUUGUCAAGCGUUCGUCAUCCGACGCUUACGUCUCGGCCCACGCCUCGCAGCAGGUCUCGUUCUCGGCCACCGCCGCCCUCGGGCGCAUCGCUGCCACCGCGGCUGCCUUCUCCACGGCUACCACUGCCUGGUUUGCCCUCAACCUCACCCAGGUCGAGGCGCUCGCCGUCCUCGGCUUCCUCCUCGCCAUCCUCUACCUUGCGCCGUACGGCAACGCCCCGCACCCCGAGGUUCUCGGCAAGUGGAUUCUCGACCACUGGCUCCAGACCGCCGCCCUCGCGGCCGGCGCGGUGGCUCUCGUCUUUGCCGCCUUUACCCACUGGGGCCUUGUUCCCUGGGAGGUCGAGCUCUUUUCAGAGCUCUUUGUCUCCAACAACGUCUUCAAGCUCGUCGCCCUGACCUUCAAGGUCGCUGUCGGCGGCGGCACCAUCUGGGCCGCCAUGGCCGUCUACAAGGCCCGCGCUCUCAAGUCGUGGCUCCGCCUCCUCAUCCUCAUCCCGGCUGCACUCCUCUUCCUCCACGCCCUCACCCGCUACACUGACCAGUGCUCGCUCGUGCCCGGCGAGGUGUACCCGGAGGCCAACGAGGCCCAGUCCAUUGCCGAGCUCAUCGACACGACGACAUCGAUUGUCAAGGAGCUUGACCUCAACACCGCCUACCGCGACGUCCACCGCAAGAUGCACGGCUGCGUCCGUGGCGAGUUCCGCGUCAACGACUGGGUUCCCGAGCACCUCAAGGUCGGCCUCUUUGCCAACCCCGGCGAGUCAUGGCCGGCCUGGGUCCGCUUCUCCAACGGCAUGCGUAAGGUCCGCAACGACGCCCGCCCCGACGUCCGCGGCAUGGCCAUCAAGCUCUGCGGCGUCGCCGGCGAGAAGGCCGCCACCUUUGAGCCGUUUGCCGAGCCGAACACAGCAGACUUUGUCCUUGUCUCCUCCAAGACCUUCUUCGCCAACUCGAUCUCGGCCUACCCCAAGCUGCUCAAGGCCAUCGUUGCUGGCGGCCUCCGCACCCUCUUCACCCUCGGCCCCAUGUUCUACUCGGGCUUUGUCAUGUCGAAUCCGCUCACCACCGAGUACUUUUCGGUCACGCCGUACGCCCUGGGCUCAGCGCCGCCGGUCGACUCGCUCUACGACCUCCCGCUCGCCGUCAAGUACGGCGUGCGCCCGUGCGCCGUCAACUCGGCCGCCGUCGCCGACGACGAGAUCGCCUGGGGCUCCUCGCCCGACUUUCUCCGCGAGGCCAUGACCCGCUGGCUCGACGCCGGCGAGGCCUGCUUUGAGUUUGGCAUUGCGGAGCAGGGUCUUGACGCUUGCAAGAACCCGCUCGAGGACAUCGCCGUCCGCUGGACCGACAAGACCGGCUACAACGACGUCGUGUACGUUCCUGUUGCCCGCCUCACCAUCCCGCAGCAGACCUUUGACUACGUCGAUCAGUUUGACUUUUGCCGCGACCUCUCGUUCAACAUCUGGCACACGCCGGUCUCGCACCGCCCGCUCGGCUCGAUCGCCAAGGCGCGCAAGUUCGUGUACAACGCCACCGCCACCCUCCGCCGCACUCUUAACUCGGCUGUCGUCGCGCAGCCGACGUGUACCGAGACCUUCUCCGGCCGCCGCGUCGGCCAGCUCGCUGGCCAGCCCGACAUCUUCGACUACGCCACCAUGCCCGUCCCCUUCUCUUACCUCCCGCGCUUCAUUCGCGACAUCCCGCAGUCGCAGCAGUACGAGUUUAAGUUCUAUUCGUCGCACGGUGCCGUCUUUGCCGGCGCUCUCGCCAAGUCGCUCCUCCGCGUCAAGGACGCGCCGCGGCCCAUCUCCGAGUGGGAGUCGCCCGACGAGUGGGCCGUCGUCUUUGACGCCGGUGACACCAACUCGUCCGUCGAGGCUCUUCACGCCAACCUCUUCACCCUUCCCAUCCCGUACGGCUACCACAAUUGGACCGAUGACAUGGUGUGGGCGCGGACGUACCUGACUGGCACCAACCCGGUCAUUCUCCAGCGCGUGCUCCCGACCAACCCGCUGCCUGCUGCCCUCGACAUGGCUCCCUCCUCGGUUGCCGCCGCCAACGCCUUCCUCGCCUCAAAGGGUCUUCCGCCCAUGGACGAGCUGAGCGAGGCCGGCCAGCUCUACUUUGCCGACUACGAGCUCCUCGCUGACGCCAUCACCAAGGAUGACUUUAUCAUGUACGCACCCGUCGUUGUCUUCUACCUCGACACCGUCAACGUGGCGCCUGGCUCUUACGCCAAGCUCAUGCCGCUCGCCAUCCAGCUCACCCGCGGCACCCGCGCCGCAGAGGCCGGCCCGCAUGUCUGGCACCUCCCGUCAGACCCGGCCGAGUCGUGGCUCUUUGCCAAGAUGCACGUCGCGUCGUCCGACGUCCAAUGGCACGAGGCCGGCGCCCACCUCGGGCCCAUCCACCUCACCAUGGAGCCGUUCCUCAUCGCCUUCUUCCGCUCCUUUGCCAAGGACCAUCCCAUGUACGUCUUCCUCAAGCCGCACACCUACGACACUUUUGCCGUCAACAACAUGGGUCGCUACUCGCUUGUCGCUCGCAAGGGCGCCCAGUUCGAGAACCUCAACUCGAUUGGUCUCGACGGCGUCCUCGAGCUCAUGGAGCGCAACUACAACGACUACUGGACCUGGGAGGGCUUUGCCUUUCCGCAGGAGCUCGCCGAUCGCGGCUUCACCAAGGUUACCCCGGGCUCGCCCGACGACCCGCUGCCGGGCUACUACUACCGCGACGACGGCUUUGUCCUCUGGGACGCCAUCGAGAACUACGCCAACCGCGCCGUCGACAUCAUGUACGCAUCCGACGCCGACCUUGUCGCCGAUGACCAGUUCAACGGCUUUAUGGCCGAGCUCCGCUCGCCGCACGGUGCUAACAUCACGUCCAUUCCGGAUGUGAAGACCCGCCCCGAGCUCGCUCGCUUCCUCACCCGCUUUCUCUUCACCGUCACUGCCCAGCACGCUGCAGUCUCGCUCUCGCAGUACGACUACUACGCUUUUGCCCCGUCGCGCCCGACCCUCAUGCGCAAGCCGAUGCCCAUCAACAAGAGCGAGGUCACCCUCCGCUACAUCAUGGACUCGCUUCCCGACGCCCGCACCGUCACCCACUCGCUCGGCCUCGUCCGCCUCCUCUCCACCCCGACUCUCGGCCCCGGCGGCUCGUACUCGUCGCUCCUCCAAGUUCCGGUCGCCGAUAUGUUCAAGCCGGCGUACCUGCCGUUCCAGGAGCGCUGCAAGGAGAUCGAGGCCAGCAUCCUGGCCCGGAACGCCGCCGCCGAGGACCCGUAUCUCUUCCUGCGCCCGUCGCAGGUCCCGUACUCGCUCUCGUCCUAAGGCUUGCGUGGGCACAUCUGAUAAAUGAACAACGAUUUUGUG